AUGGCAGCCUGUUUUGUGGUCAGUAUUUUUGGUAUUUUUCUGGAAACCAAAGUCAACUUCAUAGUCAGCGGAAAGAGCCGUCUGCUGGACUAUGUGACCUACUUAUACGUCAUAUGGAGUUUCACCACCAUGGUUGUCGCUUACAUUGUGCUGCGUCUUUGUUGCAAUGCCAACAAUCAUUCCAAGAAGUCGGCCAUGAUAGUCCAUGAGAUUAUGCAGAAGAAGCCCGCAUUUAUGCUGAGCAACGAUCUCUUCUAUAACAAAAUGAAGUCAUUUACUUUGCAAUUUCUGCACUGGGAGGGCUACUUUCAGUUCAAUGGCAUUGGUCUGUUUGCCUUGGACUAUACAUUUAUAUUCUCGGUAGGUGCCGGUCUUGCUAUGGCUGCUCAAGCAACAAAUUAA